AGCAGACUUCUAUCAAAGUGAGUCCGGGGGGGGACAUGCCAGCGCAGCACUCAGCAGAGACAAACAAACACAAGGAAAACAUGCAGAAAGGAAAGCAAAAGCAGGACGAAAGCAGAGCCACUCGGAGAUAAAGUACAUGUCAGACGUAGUUCCUCCAGAAGUGAGACCCAAACCAGCCGUCCCUGCCAAGCCUCCAAAUGUGGGGGUUCCAUCCCCCUCCAGCCCAUUCCCACCACAGGCCCCAGGCACUGGGGGGGGAGCUCCUCCUCCAAGCGCCAUCCCCGUCCCUAUCGGGAGUCACGGCCCACAGCACAUCAGCACUCACAGUGUGGGUCACGGUGUGGGUCACGGUGCAGGCCACGCUGCAGGCCACGCUGCAGCACACAAUGGAGCUCAUGCUCAUGGUGGCUCCCACAGCUCCGGCGGCGGAUCCACUUUGCUGGGAUACAUUGGUAUUGACACCAUCAUCGAGCAGAUGAGGAAGAAGACCAUGAAGACAGGCUUCGACUUUAAUAUCAUGGUUGUCGGUCACAGCGGUCUCGGAAAGUCCACUCUGGUGAACACUCUGUUCAAGUCCCAGGUGAGCAGGAAGAGUGCAGGCUGGGCCCGUGAUGACAAGAUCCCCAAAACUGUUGAUAUCAAGGCAGUGUCUCAUGUCCUCGAGGAGGGUGGUGUGAAGAUGAAGCUGACAGUUGUCGACACUCCAGGCUUCGGGGACCAAAUCAAUAACGACAACUGCUGGGAGCCCAUUUCCAAGUACAUCAAUGAGCAGUAUGAGAAGUUCCUGAAAGAAGAGGUCAACAUCACCAGAAAGAAGCGUAUCCCUGACACCAGGGUGCACUGCUGUCUUUACUUCAUCUCCCCAACUGGACACUCUCUCCGGCAGCUAGAUGUCGAGUUCAUGAAACGCUUGAGUCACUCGGUCAACAUUAUUCCUGUCAUUGCAAAGGCAGACACAAUGACCAUUGAGGAGAGACAGGACUUCAAACAGCGGGUGAGGAAGGAACUAGAGAUGGGCGGGAUUGAGUUUUACCCACAGAAGGAGUUUGAUGAGGACAUGGAGGACAAGAGCGACAAUGACAAGAUCAGAGAGGCGAUGCCCUUUGCUGUGGUGGGCAGCGACAAAGAAUAUCAAGUGAAUGGCAAACGGGUCCUGGGGAGGAAGACAGCGUGGGGAAUUGUAGAAGUUGAAAAUCCCAACCAUUGUGAGUUUGCUCAGCUGAGGGACUUUCUGAUCAGGUCUCACCUCCAGGAUUUGAAGGAGGUGACUCAUAACAUCCACUAUGAAACCUAUCGAGCCAAGAGACUGAACGAGAACGGAGGUCUGCACCCCAUAUCCUCCAACGACACCCAAGAAAGCAACCUGUAGUCAGUCAGUCAGGGGAAUUGUACAGAGUGAGAAUGAAAAACAGUGCAAUGAAGCUGAUGCAGAUGAACCUAUAAUCAUUUUCACCACGGCAUCACUGCAUGCUUGGAAAACAUUGAAUUCUGUAAAAGUCUGUGUAAUUUUUUCUGACUCCAGGCUCCACCCAACCUCCUUUACACCACCCUCCCCACAAACACAUAUCAGACCCUUCUUUCAUUUCCAAGUCAUUCCUAUGAAUAUUUGGAUGACCCAGAGACUUAGUGCCAUUAUAAAAUUAACAUUUUAUCUACUGCCAAUGCCUUCUCAUUUAUCAUUGUCCGGGUAGUUAAAGCUUAGAAAGUGCCACAUAAUGAUGAGUAUUAGUGGCAAAUGUUUGAGUUUUAUUGUUGUGUAGCAGAUGUCUGAGUUCAAACAAAUUAUAUGAUUUGCUCUAAAUAUUGAAAUCAUAAUUCCUGUGUUGUAGUGAUGCUCUGCAGUUGGCUCUGUACAAAUUGCUUUUUUAAAAUUCUCAGCAGCGUUUGGAGAAAAAGUCCCCGUGGCUUAACUGUCAGGAGGGCUUAACAAACAUUACAAGCUGUGCUGGCUUCUUUUAUGCCCCCCCCCCUCGUCACCAACAAAUGAAAUUUCUCUAAUGUUCCCUCGCCCUUUUUAUGUUUCAUUUUGGAUUUACAAAAUAGUUUGUGCACACAGACCUGCAUACUAAGUUGAGGGAACGCUGCAACAUCAGCCGCAUAUGAAAUUAAAUUCUGUAGGCUACAGCGUUUGUGCAAUUAGUCCAACAGCAUGCACGACUGCAGAUUCAGCAUAAUAGUAAAUUAAAUGUAACAGGUUUUUCCUGGAUUCAGAUUCACUUGUGACCUGAUUUGACAGCUAAGUGGACAACAUGCACCUAGUUUUAUUGCAAAAGCUAGAGGCAUGUUAUCUAUCCUAUAUUAUUUUUUUAGCAGUUAAAGGGUAACUCAGCAUUUUUGCAUAAUAAAGUGUGUUUACAGGUCUUGGGGAGCAUCACUACAUAUGUAGAAAAUGUAAUUCUGGUGCCUACAUGAAUUCAGGGGAGACAAUUUAUCAGAUUAUAUGCAGCUUCCUCUGGAGCCACAAAAGGCUAUACAAUACAUACAAAUAUGCAGUAGUACUCUCCAAGACCUGUUAACACAUUAUAGUAUGUAAAAUUGGUGGUUGUCCUUUAAGGAUAGCCUGGACAGUAAUGCCAUGAAAACUACUUUCAUACAACUUUUUUUUUUUACAUACUCAAAUGGCAUAUAAUAUAUAGUGUAAAACAGCCUUUUCAUCUGGAUUUUGGCUUCGAUGAUUGGUGUAAUCAAUCACAACUAAAGAUCUUUUUUUUUUUUGCUUGAUAUCUUGUGCCAUGCCAACGCCUCAUCACUAAACUCUGAUUUGAUUACCAGAAUUUGCGUUAAUGCCCUUUUAAAAUUGAUUUCACCCUGUUCACCACUUGGUGGCAGCACUCUGCCAUCUAUACACAGUGAUGGACCGAGAAACAUGCACUUGGACCAGCUUUGUUUCCGUGAACUGCUGAGACUUUUAGGUACAUUUUUACACAGUCAAAAAUUAUUUUCUGAUAAGGUUUACAGAGAUUAGGUCCAACACUGCUCUCAAAAAAUAACUAAUAUCACUCUCAAGAUGAUCAUGUUUACAAGAAGCUUUAAUCCUCAAAGUGUUGGAAUAAUUAUUCCAAAUUUUAAGUUGUAAACAUGUUUACCAAGUUUUUAUUGGGAACUGUCUACUGUAGAAGACAAAUAUGCCAAAAUUACAAGUAAUUCAAUCUUUAAACAUCUUUUAAUAAUUUCGUUCUAAAUCAUAAUUUUGUACAAACAUGAACAUUAGUGCAAUUUUGAUAUGAAUUGAAAUGUGAUUUCUGCAUCAACCUGAAAGUAGUUGUCUGUGAUUUUGGUGCAGUCAAAGGUGCAGAAUUUUGAAUCAGUGUUUGUGUGCAUGCUUGUGUCCAUGUUCUGUUCACACAUCACUGCAACUUUACAUCAACUUAUCAACUACUUCUGAAUGUGUGACGUGUACAUUAAACUGCUCUAUCAUCCGGUGAAGCGCUGCUGUCUUAACUCCUGUAACUAAAUUGAUGAUCCACUAUCCACAUAUCACUUAGGAUGUGAACUUCACGAUGUACAUUUAUUUAAUAACCACUUUUCUCAGAGUUGCUGUGACACAUUGGGAUAUAAUUUUCAGUGUUAUACUGAGUUAUUUAUACAUUAUUAAUGUCUUAUUAUUGUAAUUUAUUAUUUAAUAAAAGCACAUUCCCAUGUUUA